UCUAACGUUAUGUUAAAGACUCAACUUUAACAGCUCCAAAAUAAAGUUAAAAUGCAUGCACAUUUCAGCAAAACUUGCACUUAUUUUUUAUUCAUGCACACUCUGGGUUUUAGGAGAUAUUUGACCAACUUGCGGAAAUCACCAUGUAGGAGAAAUAUCGCAUCCCCUCAGCGGCUUUUUCAGGUCUCCAUGACAACAAUUUGCAAUGGUGAAGAAUUCGAUACCAGGGCGCUCGGAGGCUGAUUGGGGUGUAUUGUGAGGGGCCUGGGGUCGCUGAUUGGUUCAAGGAAAGCACCAUAACUACAAGGAGUUUAUAUUCAUUCAACUUGUUGAAGUGCUCCUACUGCAGCCUGGAGAGAAGUCUGUGCUUGGACUGUGGCUGGAUUCAUCCACUAGUGAACUUGAUGGUGGACUACAAGCUACAACAUGGACUGAUUUGAUCCAAAUAUUUUUCAAAAAUGGCAAACGCAGACAGUGAGGUCAAGACUUUGCUGAAUUUUGUCAAUUUGGCAUCCAGCGAUAUCAAAGCGGCCUUGGACAAGUCAGCUCCGUGCAGACGCUCCGUGGAUCACAGGAAAUAUCUGCAGAAACAACUCAAGCGUUUCUCUCAGAAGUACUCCAGAGUCCCAAGGUGCCACACGCACAGGUCUCCUGAGUAUGGAAGCGCCAAACCUGUGGGGACUGCUAACCAGAGUGUGAAGGUCACAGAGAAGGCCAGCUCUGAUGCUCAGCGUGUGGAGAAUGUGGGGAGCGCAGUGGAGCAGGUGCCUAUGAGGAAACGCCAACUACCAGCCUCGUUUUGGGAGGAACCUAAGUUGACACAAACUAAGGAGGAGCAGUCACAUAUAGGACAAAAAAAGAACCCUACAGGCACAUGUGAGGUCAGUGAAACUGAAAAGAGGAAAAGGAGUUAUGAUGAUGACGCAAAGGCCACUCUGUCUGCGUCCAGUCGACGCAGCGCUGCAGAUAAAGAGACUCUGAAAUUGGACCUGACCUCGCACCACUGUGUGAGUGUGUGCGGCUGCUGCCCCUUCCAGUACCACGGACACCAGGUCCUCCACAGUCAUAUUGUUGUCCCCCAUCCGCCCCUGGGAUUGUGGAGCAAAGCAGCAGAGACAGAGAGACCUGAGCAUCUUUAUGGACAGAAAAUUCACACGCACGUUGUGGUCAAACCCAUACCGACCAAACCCACAGUCCAGUCACCGAUCUUCAGUGUGUUUGGAUUCAUUUAAUAACUCUACUAAUGGACCAGUCACACAAAAAUGUGUAAAUAGAACUAAUUAUUCUCAUUUUGUGUUCUUCAUCUUUCAACAUUGUACACGAGACACUUCCUAAAGCACUUAUUGGAAUGCUUCAUCCAUUUGUAUUGUUUAAAUCUAAAGGACUAUGUUGCACUUUCAGAAUCAUGCUCACUUUCAUGCCAGACUGAUGCCUUCCAAGAUUCUGAAAACUGACAGUAAGUUUCUAUUUUUAGGUCUCUGCAGAGAAUGACUGCUCUUUUUUUCACUACCAAAAGACAUGCAAAUGAAUGAGAACUUUCUGUUUUAGUUUUCUCUUUCAACUAUGAGAAUAGAAUGUCAGACAAAGAUUGCUUCUUCUUUGUCAAAGUAAUGUUUGAUAGGCACAUUUGAAACAAUGACUUUUAUUUUUAAAUAAAUGAUUCAACUUCC